GUCAGGAUGGUUGAUGACUCAAGACCAGUUGCACAGAGAAUGGUUGAAUCCUUUCUGAAUAAAUUUUUUCCAUCUGGUUAUCCUUAUAGGUGUGGAUUUCUUAGAAAUCAUUUCUCAACAGUUGUAGUUUCUCAUAAGCGUCAUGAAUAAAGGGCAGCCCGGUGCGCUAAGCUCCCGUUAUACAUGGGGUCCGGGGAAGGGCCGGACCACAAGGGUCUAUUUUAUGCAGUCUUACCUUGCAUUUCUGCAAGAGGCUGUUUCCGCGGCUUGAACCCGUGACCUCCCGGUCACAUGGCAACAACUUUACCGGUUACGCCAAGGCUCCCCUUCGUAUAAGCUUCAUGAAUAUGUAAUGUAAAUAGCUGCUCUUGAUUGCUUCUGCAGUGUGAAUGAGGGCUAUCUGAGAUACACACAAUUUCGAGCACUGCAACACUUCACAAGUGCAGCAUUAUCCGUUUUGUCGACUCAGGCUUGCGUCCUACACCUGCUCAGGCAACUGCAGUGAGCUGGAUAUUAAAGGAUGGCAUGCAGCAUGUGGGAAAGCUCAUAUGUAGCAACUUGGGUGCACGGAUGGAUUCUGAGCCUAAACGUUGGAGAAUUUUAGGUUUACAUGAUGUCCAUGGAGCACUGUGCUAUGCUGUGAUUCUGCUUAUUUCUUUAAAGGAGUUGUUACUGCAGGAAUUGAUUCUAUUACUUGCAUUUCUCUGUCACAUUAUAAAGAUUUUAAUUAUAUUAGCUUUCUAUACUGCAGCUGAUGUUCUGUAUGACUUGGGGACUGGUUUAGAAGUUAUGUCUCCUUUAUGCCCACAUCUGUUUCUUGAAGUAGCCGGCCUUGGCAAUUUCGCAAAGGGAAUGGCAGUUGUUGCAGCUAGAGCAACAAGAUUGCCGAUAUAUUCUUCAUUUGCCAAAGAAGGAAAUCUUAGUGAUCUGUUUGCUAAAGGCGAGGCUAUUUCCACUCUUUUUAAUGUUCUCGGGCUCGGAGCAGGAAUUCACUUAGCAUCUACUAUUUGUUCAUCAAUGCAGGGAAAGUUGGUUGUUGCGCCGCUGCUGUCUAUUAUACACGUUUACAGUGUCUGUGAAGAAAUGCGAGCUACUCCUGUCAACACAUUAAAUCCGCAGAGAACUGCAAUGAUUGUUGCCGAAUUUGUGAAGACUGGAAAAAUCUCAAGUCCUGCUGACCUAAGAUAUCAAGAAGAUCUCGUAUUUCCUGGAAGGCUGAUAGAGGAUGCUGGAAAUGUAAAGGUGGGAAGGUCUCUGCAUGAAGUAGUUAGCCCUUCAAAGCUGCGACAAUUUAAAGAAACAUUUCACGAGGAGAAGUUCCUUUUAAACCGUGGUAGUAGAUGGACUGAUAUGAUACUGGAGCACGAUGCAACUGGUGAAGAUGCACUGAGGGGUUGGAUGGUUGCUGCUUAUGCUUCAGAUAUGGAACGAUUAGCUAGGGAACCAAGUACAAAUAUCUCACAAGAGGCUUAUGAGAAGAUGAAUUCUGUGUUCUCCCCAUUUUUAGCUGAGCUGCAGGCAAAAGGGUGGCAUACUGAUCGAUUUCUUGAUGGUACUGGAAGUCGUUUUGUGUUUUAGUUCUGUAAGUAUCAAAUUCUUGGUACUUUGUUAUCCUCUUACAUUGGUAUAGUAUAUUGUCACGAAGACACAAGAUUCACUGCAUCAUUUAGGAAGACUUUGGAGAAAAUGUGUCUUGUGAAAGCAAUACAAAUCUCUUACUACUGAGACAAAAUGUAAGCAAGAGACUAUUUUUUUUUUCCUUUCAAAACACGCACAAUUUGUUUAAGGUGGCAAUGUCCAUGAAAAAAUAGCAUGGUUUUCCUCUGAUCACUAUAUCAAAAAGGCUUUUGAUAAGUCCAAUUUAUUGGGAGUUCAA